AUGAAAAAAGGCAAAGGAAAGAUGGCCGAAACAUGCAAACCUAAAGAUCCUCAGCUCGACAAGCCUACUAUUGCCUUCAUCAUUGAACGUUCGCUGAACAAGAAUGUCGUCGUCUAUGAAGGAUUGGUUGACGAAGGUACCAAACAGCUUCAACCAGACAAACCUUUAGAUGUAUAUUGGUUGGACCUGGACCCAGUCUAUCAGGAAAAGAAUCGUAAGAAGGGGAAAAUGACCGACCGUGAUGACCUCAAUAUGAUUGAACGCAACAUGGCCUAUGGCGUCAAAUGCGAACCAAUUGAAGGAGAAGAAGGGGCCUAUGCAAUGACACUUGUCGCCCUUCCAAAACGAAAGGGGAUUCUCAAAAUGGUGAACGGGGUUCCACAAGCCCUCAUGGAAAUUAAUGGCCAACAGUGCUAUCUUCAAAGUAUAUUCGUUCAUUCCAAGCAAGGAAUGAUUGGCCUGCCGAAGGUUGUCUAUGUAUUGGUAAAAGGAGUUUCUGUAGAGGGUGAGAAAGAACAAGAGGAAAGAAUCGAAGGUUAA